UAAGGUGGAGGCGGCAGCGGUCUCCUCAUUAAACCUCGUCACCUCACGCGCAACACACCACGUCUCUAAGACUUGUGCAAGAUGUCUUCUCAACGCUACGCACGCGCUCUUCUCUCCGGGGCGGCAACUCUGAAAAAUGUCGCAGGAUUCCAGGCCAGGCGACAGACCCACCUGUGCGCCCACAGCCGGAGCCUGACCCUAGCUGCCGCUGCCCGUCACCAGCUGGCUAGAGCAGAGGCUCCACGCCCAGGUAGCGGUGUAGUGACUGCUUCCACGGGUAGCGACGCCCUUCAGAUCACCUUCUGCGACGGCAGGACCAGAGAAAUCCCGUACGUAUGGCUGAGAGACAACUGCCAGUGCCACAAGUGCUCCUCCUGUAGGGGCCUCUCUGCUGAGGGCAACAGAGAGUUCCAGGUCGUAGCUUAUCCAGAGAUUAUUCAGAGCAAUGUGUUCGGCGUGGUGGUAGACUGGAAUGAUGGCCACAUUAGCAAGUACCCUGGCGAGUGGCUCCACCAGGCGGCUCACACCCUGUACACCAGCUGAACGACUUUUCUUGGUGUAGCAGUGGGAGCUCAGUGGCUGUCAGUGCCACCAACCACUGUUAAACACGGCUUAACGAGUCUUCUCAUGCCGACUUUGAAGGUCAAUGGAGAUUAGCUGUGCUGAAGAGAAUUGUCUUCUGGUUGAUUUCGUCCAAUGAUGGGAGUUCCAGCAGCCAUACCUCUGCACGCUUGUGGCCGUUUCUAUAUCUUGUAUGACGGCCCUGCGAUUUUCUUCAGGCUGUUUUAGUCUUAUGCCUUGGAUAUAUGAUUUAUCUUAAGUGGUACCAAAAAGGCAUGUAUACAUUAUCUUUUUAUGUUUAGAGUCAAAUGCACAAAAGUGAUAGGUUAGCAGAACUAAAUAUCGCAUUUUGGUGCCAUAGGUUCAAGGUAAAUGACUUGUAAAAUCGAGUCGAUAACCCCUGGCAUGUCCUAGGACCUUCGAUUCAUUGUCACAGACCUUAAGGGAAAUCUGGCAGGCUAUGGCGGAGACGCCGGUAACAACCAUGGAAGAACUCUUGUUCCGGUCCGCCCGCCUUGCAUGGGGGCAGGCUGCGUCAGCUGUCCUGAACAGACACUGCUUGUUAAACUAUAAUUUUGUAUAUAGUGUUAAACUUUUGCAUUUUAUAUGAAUAAAAUGUGUAUAAAUAGA